CGACCAGCUGAUGGGCACCGCCCGGGACGGUUCAGUGUAUCUUUGCCUGCCUACAUCAAUCUGCAAGGGAGUUGCAGAAAAGCCUCAUGUUCAUCGAGCCGUGAGUCACAACCAAUUUUUAAAGCUGUUAUAACAAAAAAAAGAGUGUUUGCUGCUUUUUUUUCACAAGUAAUUUUAAAAGUGUAGCUUAGAAAGAAGGAAAAAGAAUUUAAAAAAAGAGAACCUAUUCAAUAGACACAACAUUAGUCCUGGAUGCUUAUGAGUCCUAAUCUAUAUUCCUACACAGAUUAGCAUUUUAAAAAUCAAUUGUCACAUACCGUUACCACUUUGCCUUUACGUUUUAUGUAUCAUUCCCCUGACUUCCUUACUGCAGGUAUGGGCAAGAAAACUUUUCCUUUAAAACUUUUCAACAGCGGGCAUAAAAUUCUGCAGCUGAGGUCUUGAAGAAUGCAGAUGGGUAUAGUAUGUGUUGGAGCUCGCAGUGUGUAUUAACUAACUUUUUUUUUUAGUUUUGCUUGUUUUAAGUGGCUCCCAAAUGUAAAUUGUUUUCUGGGGGUGGGAAAGGGAAGGGAAAAGACAGAUUCCACUGUUUAGACCAACACAAAACAUGGCCUUUAGAAACCCAUUAUAUGUUAAUAUGUAUGAACCAGCAAUACCUAACUCGAAAGAUGCUGGAUUCAUAAAUGGCUGCCUCUUAAAAUUCCUAGCCAUGGGUCUGUCUUGUGAUUCAUGGCCUUCAGAUAGCAUGGGUUUUGAUUUCUCUGGACCUUUGUUCUCAAUGUAGAAAAACAGCCUUCUGUGGUCUGGAUCCAGAUUACCCAUUUCUGACUCUGCUGUUUUUUUCAUAUAGAUGUCUGGCAAUGGACAUAAUUAUGGUCAGCACCAUACUUAGCGAUGAGACCAGGCAAAGGGUGAAGUUUACCGAUGAGCGUGUCUGCAAGAGCCACCUUCUGGACUGUUGCCCUCAUGAUAUUCUUGCAGGAACGCGCAUGGAUCUGGGAGAGUGUACAAAAAUCCAUGAUUUGGCGCUAAGAGCUGAUUAUGAGAUUGCCAGUAAAGAAAGGGACCUAUUCUUUGAGCUGGAUGCGAUGAACCACUUGGAAUCUUUCAUUGCUGAGUGUGACAGAAGAACCGAACUGGCAAAAAAACGCCUUGCGGAGACACAGGAAGAGAUCAGCGCCGAAGUUGCUGCAAAGGCAGAAAAGGUUCAUGAGCUAAAUGAAGACAUUGGCAAACUGCUGGCUAAAGCUGAGCAGCUGGGAGCAGAAGGAAAUGUGGACGAAUCCCAGAAAAUACUGAUGGAAGUUGAGAAAGUUCGAGCCAAAAAGAAAGAAGCUGAGGAAGAAUAUCGCAAUUCCAUGCCUGCCUCCAGUUUCCAGCAGCAGAAGCUGCGCGUCUGUGAAGUCUGCUCUGCCUACCUUGGGCUCCACGACAAUGAUCGCCGUCUUGCGGACCACUUCGGAGGCAAAUUACAUUUGGGCUUCAUUCAGAUCCGCGAGAAGCUGGAACAGUUGCAGAAAACUGUAGCGGAAAAACAGGAGAAGAGAAAUCAAGACCGGCUAAGACGGAGAGAAGAAAGGGAGCGAGAAGACCGCCUCGGCCAACGGUCUGCCUCCAGAAAUAGAGACCGCAGAAGGUCCCGGUCUCGAGAGCGGAGGCGAAGACGCUCACGGUCUGCUUCCCGUGAGAAGCGGAAGUCCCGCUCCAAGUCCCGAGAUCGAGAGAGGCACAGGCGCCACCGCAGCCGUUCCGGCAGCCACAGCCGAGGUCACCGCCGGGGAUCCAGAGACAGGAGUUCGAAACACAAGUCCUCUAGAGAUCGGUCUUCAAGGGAGAAAUCGAGGGAGAAGAAGGAGAAGGCCUCUUCGGAAAGGCGACAUGAGAGCACCAACGGCAAAUCUCGUUCAAAGAGGUCGGAAGAGAGGGAGGCCGGCGAGAUCUGAGCUCAGCAGAGAGCCACACUGUACUGUACAUAGUCUCAAGAAACAUUCGACAAAGUCCCAAUUUCUCAUUUAUAUUAACUGAAUACAGCACAUCUUUUUGUAGUUCUGAAUUUCUAUUGUUUCUGCAAGUAACCAAGCUGGUAGUGUAACUGUGCCCUGCCAUUAACUGAAAACUUUCUUUUUAAUUAAGAACAAACAGUUCCAGCCACCAACCUUGGGCCUAGAUUAGCGAUUUAAGCAGACUGCAGCAGCUGAAAACGAGCCCUGUGGAUGGGAUUUUAAUCUGCUGUAAAAAAAAAAAAACACCUCACGCCCCAUCUAUGUCCUUCUAAAAUGUGACUGCGUUUCUGUCGCAGAAUUAGCUCAUGUACUAAAUCUCAGCAGCGCUGGUGCUAUUUUCUCAUUUCUAAAAAUGGCAGGCUCGUUCAGAUGAAUAUAAACCAUUCAAAUUGGCCAAAGUUGACUUCUCCAACAGCCUAAUUGAACAAAACUGUUGGAGAGAACCCAUACAAUGUGGGAGAAUAAUCCUUAAUUUUUUUUUAUCUGUGAUAGUUUCUGUUUGCAACCUGCUGAAGUAGCAAUGAUUCAGAUUGGAAAGAGUGUAUUGGGUUACUUUGUUCUUUCUUCAUCAGUAUAUUUUUCAUAGUAUAUCUGUUUAUUUUCACUCAAGGGCUUCAUUUCCCCCGAAACCCAUUUUCUGUCCACUCGGCUUUCAUGGAGAAGCCCUGAUUUAGGCAGAAUGGAAAUCUGCCAUCACAGCCAUUUUCAGAGCGCUCUCCAGCAGUUGUUGGUUAAGCCAUCCCCGAAAGAGCAACUCUUGGUCUAAUACAAAGACUGCUGCCCAUUGGGAAGUUUAGAUUUGAUUGGGAACUGGCAGCCGCCGCAGCCCCAUUGCAGGUUUGAACGAAGACCUCCCACAUCUCACUCCAUCCCAAAGAAAGCCAGCUUCCCAUCGGUUUUGUUGAGUGAAAGAUUGUAGCGAUGAGACUCAUGAGAGGCAGAACCUGCAGUGCAAAUUUAUCCAAAAGAGAGCUUAUGGGGAGAGAUGGAAGUGAUAGAUGGAGGACCAUCAUCUUGUCUCAGUGAAGAUGUUUCUAAGCCUUUUCCUUCAGCUGCUUAGAACAUCGGAAUGAUGGCAAGCGAGAACCUCCUGCUGCUGCUUUAGCAGGGCUGUAUCCGGUGUACUGGAUUUUCCUCCCCGCUUCCUGCCUGCCUUGUAUAAUUAUCUCGUAGCUCACCAACUGGCCCAUUUAUUUCUCUCCCCCCCACACACCCUUUUUCUCUGAUCCCCCUUUUUUAGUUUGUUCAUUUUAGCUUCCUCUCCAGCACUUCAGGGGUUGGCAGGAUGUUACUUAAAUGUGUUUAGAGUUUCCUUUUCCAUUUGGCUUUCCUAAAGGAAUACCAUCUUUUCUGAUAAGAAUAACGGGGAGAGUGUGUGUGUGUGUGUUCUCUAGGCCUCCUGAGGCUUCCAGCAGAGCUGGUGAACCUACAGCAAGGGCACCAGACGUGUGAGAUUGCUCUGGUGGAAAGCCCCCCCAAAAAAAUCUGAUUCAGACCUACAGCAUCAGCCUAUGCAUCUGCGUUGGGGAUGGGUAGCAAACAGGGCAAUUCCCCGUUUUAAAAAAAGUCAGCUGGCCCGACAAGAGAAGCCAACGAGGUCUAUCACUUGUACAGGGUAACAGGAAUCCUUCCCACCCUAAGAUCUUUGUGUUUGCUGUCUGCUUCUGAGCAGUUCGAUCCUUGACAGCACCUCUCCCCCCCACCCCCACCUUCCUUGCCUUUGAGGAGUUUUGGUCUAAGUAACAAAGAUGUAAGUAAAAUGCUGUUCUUUUGCCAGUCUGAUUCACAUUAAAAGCUUAUCUUUGUG